AUGGCCUGCUCAGCUACUUCAACCACUCUCAUCUCCUCUAUCGCUGCCGCCACCGCCACCGCCACCACCAAAUCCAUGGCCUCUCCUCUCUCUAAAACCCUAACUCUCCCCAACUCCUUCUUUGGUACCCAAAAAUCAUUCCAAUCUCGCGCCCCUCGUUCCAUUUCGUUGACUCGUGGCUCUCAUUCUAGAAAGACCUUCCUUGUCAAAGCCUCUAGCGAACUUCCAUUGGUUGGAAACGUAGCACCGGAUUUCGAGGCAGAGGCUGUUUUCGAUCAAGAGUUUAUUAAGGUUAAACUAUCUGAAUAUAUUGGGAAGAAAUAUGUGGUUCUAUUUUUCUAUCCAUUGGACUUCACAUUUGUUUGCCCCACAGAAAUCACUGCUUUUAGUGACCGCUAUGAGGAAUUUAAGCAGCUAAACACAGAAGUAUUGGGUGUUUCAAUCGACAGUGUGUUCUCGCACCUUGCCUGGGUCCAAACAGAUAGAAAGUCUGGUGGGCUUGGAGAUUUGAAGUAUCCUUUGGUUUCCGAUGUCACCAAAUCCAUUUCAAAAUCUUAUGGAGUGUUAAUCCCUGAUCAGGGAGUUGCUCUGAGAGGACUUUUCCUCAUUGAUAAGGAAGGAGUCAUCCAACAUUCCACCAUUAACAACCUUGCCAUUGGGCGUAGUGUUGACGAGACAAAGAGAACACUCCAGGCCUUGCAGUAUGUGCAAGAAAAUCCAGAUGAAGUUUGCCCAGCUGGGUGGAAGCCUGGUGAGAAGUCCAUGAAGCCUGACCCAAAACUGAGCAAGGAGUACUUUGCCGCAAUAUAG